AGAGCCCCCGCACAACUCACCCAGUCCCCUCUCUCCUUCCAGCUCUGCCUUUUUUCCCUUCUCCCCUCCCUCCCUCGCCGCACCGCCUCCUACUCCCCACUUUUGCAUCUGACCAGAGGACGGAUGAGGGAGACGUUCCCGCAAAUUGGGGCAGCAACUUUCCUCUGCUGGGCUCCGGGCUCCGGGCGCCGGAGCGCGCUGGUCCUGGGCGGCCUGAGGCCCACGGAGGAGGACGCGGAGCAGUGAUGGGCUAGCGGCAGCAGCCCGGAGCCCGGAGACGGAGCGAGCCCAGCGUCGCCCGCCUGCCCAGCCGCCCGCUCCGCGCUCCCACGCCGCUUCCCGCGGUCUCUCCCGGAGGGCAGCGCGCAGGGCGCCAACGCCGAGCAUCCCGGGGAGGAUGAGGCGGGGGCCCAGCCGGCGCGGGCUGCAUCUCGGGGACGUGCGGCCGCGCGGGCUCUUGGCAUGAAUGAAGGCGCCGGGAAGAUGCAGCGCCGCACACUCCUCGCCCAGCCCGGGCGCUGGACCAGGGGCAGCAGCUGGGCGCUCCUCUAUUUCCUCGGCUCCGUGCUCCCCCAGACCGCCCCGCAAGUACUCAGGAUCGGAGGGAUUUUUGAAACUGUGGAAAACGAACCUGUUAAUGUUGAAGAAUUAGCAUUCAAGUUCGCAGUCACCAGCAUUAACAGAAAUCGAACCUUGAUGCCUAACACCACAUUAACCUAUGACAUCCAGAGAAUUAACCUUUUUGAUAGUUUUGAAGCCUCACGGAGAGCAUGCGACCAGCUGGCUCUCGGCGUGGCGGCUCUCUUCGGCCCUUCCCACAGCUCCUCUGUGAGUGCUGUUCAGUCUAUAUGCAAUGCGCUGGAGGUUCCCCACAUACAGACCCGCUGGAAACACCCCUCGGUGGACAACAAAGACUUGUUUUACAUCAACCUCUAUCCGGAUUAUGCAGCUAUCAGCAGGGCGGUGCUGGAUCUGGUCCUUUACUACAGGUGGAAAACAGUGACGGUGGUGUAUGAAGACAGCACAGGUCUAAUUCGUCUGCAAGAGCUCAUCAAAGCUCCCUCCAGAUAUAACAUUAAAAUCAAAAUCCGCCAGCUGCCCUCUGGGAAUAAAGAUGCCAAGCCUUUACUCAAGGAGAUGAAGAAGGGCAAGGAGUUCUAUGUGAUAUUUGAUUGUUCGCACGAAACAGCUGCUGAAAUCCUCAAGCAGAUUCUGUUCAUGGGCAUGAUGACUGAGUACUAUCACUACUUUUUCACAACCCUGGACUUAUUUGCUCUAGAUCUCGAGCUGUACAGGUACAGCGGCGUCAACAUGACGGGGUUUCGGCUGCUGAAUAUCGACGACCCACACGUGUCCUCCAUCGUGGAGAAGUGGUCCAUGGAGAGGCUGCAGGCCCCGCCACGGCCGGAGACUGGGCUGCUGGACGGCAUGAUGACAACCGAGGCGGCUCUGAUGUAUGAUGCCGUGUACAUGGUGGCCAUUGCCUCCCACCGGGCUUCCCAGCUCACGGUCAGCUCCCUGCAGUGCCAUCGACACAAGCCGUGGCGCCUUGGACCCAGAUUCAUGAACCUGAUCAAAGAGGCUCGGUGGGAUGGCUUGACUGGGCGUAUCGCCUUCAAUAAAACUGAUGGCUUGAGGAGAGAUUUUGAUCUGGACAUUAUUAGUCUUAAAGAGGAAGGAACUGAAAAGAUUGGGAUUUGGAACUCCAACAGUGGGCUCAACAUGACAGAUGGCAACAAAGACCGGUCCAGCAAUAUCACUGAUUCAUUGGCCAACCGAACACUCAUCGUCACCACUAUUCUGGAGGAACCCUAUGUGAUGUAUAGGAAAUCUGACAAGCCCUUAUAUGGAAAUGACAGGUUUGAAGGAUAUUGUCUGGAUCUGUUGAAGGAAUUGUCAAGCAUCCUGGGUUUCAUUUAUGAUGUUAAACUUGUCCCUGAUGGCAAAUAUGGAGCCCAGAAUGAUAAAGGAGAGUGGAAUGGAAUGGUCAAAGAACUUAUAGAUCACAGGGCUGACCUGGCCGUGGCUCCCCUCACCAUAACCUACGUGCGGGAGAAAGUCAUCGACUUCUCGAAGCCCUUCAUGACGCUGGGCAUCAGCAUUCUCUACCGGAAGCCUAACGGCACCAACCCGGGAGUCUUCUCCUUCCUCAACCCUCUGUCCCCUGACAUUUGGAUGUAUGUGCUCUUAGCCUGCCUGGGAGUCAGUUGUGUCCUCUUUGUGAUUGCAAGGUUUACACCCUACGAGUGGUAUAACCCUCACCCAUGCAACCCUGACUCAGAUGUGGUGGAAAACAAUUUUACUUUACUCAAUAGUUUCUGGUUUGGAGUUGGAGCUCUCAUGCAGCAAGGUUCAGAGCUGAUGCCAAAAGCUCUAUCAACCAGAAUAGUUGGAGGGAUAUGGUGGUUUUUCACCCUAAUCAUCAUUUCAUCCUACACGGCCAACCUGGCUGCCUUCCUGACGGUAGAGAGAAUGGAGUCCCCCAUAGACUCAGCGGAUGACCUGGCCAAGCAAACCAAGAUAGAAUACGGGGCAGUCAGAGAUGGAUCAACCAUGACCUUCUUCAAGAAAUCGAAGAUCUCUACCUAUGAGAAGAUGUGGGCAUUCAUGAGCAGCAGGCAGCAGACGGCCUUGGUGAAAAACAGUGAUGAAGGCAUCCAGCGGGCGCUCACCACAGACUACGCCUUGCUGAUGGAGUCCACCAGCAUUGAGUACGUGACGCAGCGCAACUGCAACCUCACUCAGAUCGGGGGCCUCAUUGACUCCAAAGGCUACGGAGUGGGAACGCCAAUCGGCUCUCCUUACCGGGAUAAAAUCACCAUUGCUAUUCUUCAAUUACAAGAAGAGGGGAAGUUGCAUAUGAUGAAGGAGAAGUGGUGGCGAGGAAAUGGCUGCCCGGAGGAAGAGAGCAAAGAGGCCAGUGCCCUGGGAGUAGAAAAUAUCGGAGGCAUCUUCAUUGUUCUGGCGGCAGGACUGGUCCUCUCUGUAUUUGUAGCCAUUGGCGAAUUUAUAUACAAAUCACGGAAGAACAAUGAUACUGAACAGUGUCUCUCUUUCAAUGCCAUCAUGGAAGAACUGGGGAUCUCACUCAAAAAUCAGAAAAAGCUAAAGAAAAAGUCAAGAACUAAGGGGAAAUCUUCCUUCACAAGUAUCCUUACUUGUCAUCAGAGACGAACUCAGAGGAAAGAGACAGUGGCGUGAGCUGAGAGAACACCGUCAGAAGCUUUCAGGAAGCGAGAGCAUAUGUUGCUCCAGGUUUCUGGAGAAAGGAUUUCUAGCAAGUGGGCUGCAUGUUUCCAUAUGUCUAUAUACAUAACUCUGAUUAUGUAUACAGAUAUAAGAAACACAGAAGCUUCAAAAGCUCACAGAGAGAGAUAUAGCUUGCACAUUGGCGCCAAUUCUUUUGAAAUGAAUUUGUAUGCUCACUUAUUUUUCCUUUCCUCUCUUGCCCAAUAAAUUGCUGUGUGUGCUUUCUAAAUAAUAAUAAAACAACAGGGUUUUUUU